AUGAUGGACCAGACGCAGGCUGCUCCUGGCUUCUGGAGAUACCUGAUCAACCCAGACAAGAGCGCUACACCUCAAUUCGAACAGCUAUGCGUAGGAAUCGCGAAAGUCAUUGCGACUCUCGAACCAGGGCCCAACAGCGAACUGACGCCCUCACGUCUUGCCGCUUUCUACCGAGCCGUCGGAGGUAACUACGAUGCCCUCUUUCUCAGAUCCUCCGACCAUGCCCUCUCCUUCAUGUUCCAAACCCUCGGCUGCUACCACUCCCUACAACCCACUCCCAGUCCGUUCGAGACACCCCGAAUACCGUGCCUGACCCCAAUCGGCUUCGCGCGAUGGCAAACCAUCCAACUUCUGCUGUGUCCGGAGGAGAACGUGGGCUUCGUACAGAAGGCGGUACAGUUAUGGAAAGUGCCUACACCAAAUGGAGACACCUAUCCCACAUACAUCCCCAAUGAGAUGUUUCCCGACAGACCAGACGAAGCCAUGGAGAAGUGGUACAGGAUGGUGACGGGCAAGUUGAACCAGCAAAAUUAUAACCUGCGCCGCAUCAAGAACUCCCCCUAUCAGUCCCCCCAUCCUGAACCUUACGACCCACGAGAAGGCUAUUUCUCCGGGGCUCAAGUUGGGCGGCCAGCAAGACCCUCGCGAAGCAACUCCCGGGAUGACGAUCAGUUGGCAGCGUUGUAUCGUAGACGAAGUAGUGUGCCCGACUUCCCCUCCCCGUCCGGUGAUAGAGGGUCGCAUUGGGAUCCACGAAGCCACCAACGCGUCAACGAUCUCAAACCACUAGCGAAAAGCCCGGCCAUCUCAAGCCAUCAUCAAGCAGUCCAUCGAGUCGUAGACACGAGGCUGCUCCCCCUGAACCAUCAGGGCGACGACCACCGUCUGGUUACAACAUGGCAUACCGCUCUCCCGCGCGUACUCCCUCGACGGUUGAUGAAGACAGUGGCAGUGAAGGGAGCUCAGAGGCUUCACAAGCGGGACGGCAUCAUCGCAAAUCCGAUGAGGACAGAAAGACUCGUCGUGCUUCCCUCUGGCCGCCGUCGUUCUUGCGAUCAUCACACAAACGGCGUCAUUCGUCAGAUGCAAGUUACCGUGCAUCUGGCCCUCGAUCGCGCCCAUCACAGCCGUUACGGCCAGAGUACUACCCACCUCCUACGACCAACCCUGCACCCCAGCCACAAGCACCGCUUUAUCGAGGGUCGGGCGCUGCUCCACAAUGGCGUGAUCUGA